GCCACGCCCAGCCAGUCGUACCUGUCCUGAACCAGGAAGUGAACGGCCCACACGGUUGAGACCCGAGGGACAGAGCGACGUAGCAGCGAACGGACCGGAAUAUGUUUCAGCAUCCGUGAAGUUACAGAAGGUGUUUGACUCGUUGUUCCGGCCUCUGUCCGAGCAGCAGGUUUGUCUGGUCUAAAUGUGAGCUGAAGCCGCAUCGCCCCUCGCCAUGCUACCACAGCGGAGGCGCCGCCCGCCACACCUGCUCCUGGCAGCCCUGCUGCUCGCCGUCUGGGCAGCAGACGGAGCUCGGAACGGCUCCGAGACGGAGGCCGCGCCCCCCUCCAGCAGGGGCGUCGUGGCGAAGGAGGGAUCCAGCGCGCUGAUCGAAUGUAACGUGACCGGAGGCCACGAUGAGAUAAAGUGGUACAACUCCAAAGGGCCUCUGCUGGGUGGGAAGUGGCAGAUUCAGGAGAACGGCGUCCUGAAAAUCAGCGUGGUCUCCUUCGAGGACCGUGGCAGCUACACCUGUGUCGCCUCCGGCGGUGCCGGCGGGACCAGAAACUACACCGUCACCCUGCGUGUAGCGUACACCGACAGCGGCCUGGGCCUGUACUACGUCACCGUCUGCCUGGUGGCCUUCACCAUCACCAUGAUCCUCAACGUGGCGCGGCUCUGCAUGGUCAGCAGCCACCUCAAGAGGACCGAGAGAGCCAUCAACGACUUCUUCCGCACCGAGGGCGCCGAGAAGCUGCAGAAGGCCUUUGAGGUCGCCAAGCACAUUCCCAUCGUUACGUCGGCCAAGACGCUGGAGCUCGCCAAGGUCACGCAGUUCAAGACCAUGGAGUUCGCCCGCCACAUUGAGGAGCUGGCACGGAGUGUCCCUCUGCCGCCGUUGAUCCUGAACUGCCGAUCGUUGGUGGAGGAGACCGUGGAGACGGCGAACCCCGUGCCUGACCCCGCAGAGCCAGUCGGGACGGCAACACCUGGGAACCGCCAGGCUAUAGGCCCGCCCUGCUCCGCGAGAGUCGGAGAGCAGGAGGACGACGACGACGUGUGCCAGGCGCUGCUGUCAAGUGAAAGGCGAGGGAACGACGGCGGCGGUGUGGAUGUCGAAGUGUCGGUCCACACCGUUUCUGAGAAGGUUGCCAGUGAGAAGAAGUAGGCUGAGGAGAGCCUCCCUGAGCUCGCUCCCAGGCUCACGACCAAGUGUGUCCUUUGAGAACAAUACGUAGCCGGUCUCAGUUCAAAUCCCGUUCGAAGAAACCUUUUCUGAAGUGUAAGGUGUCCAACUGCAAAUCAGAGUUGAAGAAAUCAUGACAAACAUUGCCGGGGGUUGGUUAUCAUUUCCAUUUUAGCCACUGGGAUUCUUCUUAUCCAAUUCCCGGUCUUGCUGAGUGUCGCCGCCAAAUCUUGUCCUACUGUUAUACGUGUGAGAGAAGAAACCCAGACAUGUUGAAUGCAAAUCCCAGAUUUAUUUCAAGGCGAUAAACAGUGAUAAUUGACGGGUACUUUAUUUUACCCUUUAACCAACAGAAUCACAAAUAAAUAAAUACAUAAAUGAAUAAAGAGUCUAUCUUUGCUAUAUACC